ACUCAGGGAUCCUGAUGACUUCUCAAAGAUCGCAGGACAACGUUUUGUCCAGAUGACCAUAGCUUUCCAUGUAAUGUAGGUAAUUAUCAUGUAUUAAGUACCCUAUAGUAGUAAGUAUUGUUUUAGUUAGAAGUAUUUUAAUGACAUUUGUUAUAUAUUCUUUUCUUCAAACAGCAAAAACCGUUACUACUAUUUUUACAUGGAAUGGGAGGAAGCAGUGAUUUAUGGCGACAACAGCUGUGGUAUUUUGUUUGCUGUGGUUAUGAGGUUGUUGCGCCAGACUUGCUAGGCCAUGGGUUAAGCUCAGCUCCCAGGGAUCCAUCUCAGUACACCUUUUCACAAAUGCUUGAUCACAUUACUCUUGUCUUUGAUCUUUUUAUACCUCAAGGACGAAAGUGUGUUGUGAUUGGACAUGGUUAUGGGGCAUCAUUGGCUGCAGCACUAGCGAGAGGACGUCCAUUAUCUGUAAGGUUGGUGGUUUUGGUAAGCUGCGGUGGACCGACUCCACUUAUCCCAAAUCCUCCAGCCAAGUCCAUUAUGUAUUCAUACCUAGCUGCAAUUCUGAGUCCAUUUCUGUCAUGUGGCUGUUGCAGCCGUGAUAUUUUAUAUUCACCUAGAGGAAAACAUUUUGCUGCAAGCACUUUGUCUGGACACUCAGUGACUCCAACUCCAAGAUAUGUUUUGGAAUAUGUUGCCAAAGGUCAGAACUGGCCAGAAGGAGAUGUUGCUUUCCAUCGACGUAUUACAGUGCCAACCCUCUUACUUCAUGGUAUGAAAGAUGAUCGUGUUGGUCUUGUGGAAAUGUGUGAAAUGGAGAAGACAAUUCCAAGAGCCUUUUUAGAAAUGAUUCCUGGGGGAGGUCACGAGUUGAUGACUGAUGCUCCACUGGAAGUAUGCCGUGCUGUACAUCGUUUUAUCAAGAGGUAUCACUUUUACCCCUUCUAAGCCUGUCAUCAGAACCCUUCAUCUGUAGUUGGUAUAGGCAAAAUUUAAGGACAUCAGCACCCACCAUUGGACAAAAUCCAGCCACUCCAACUAUUGAACUUAGAAAUGUUCUCAACCAUGAUAGAGGCAGUCCUCGCUUAUCGUCAGCGGUAGUUAAUGGUGUUCUAGUUCUACGGCACUUGGCUAACAACAUCGUUCACCAGAUUUUCGAUGAUGGUAAGUGUUUUUCAGCUUCAGUAAGCAGUUUAUAGGCUUCAGUAAGCAGUUUAUUGGUGUCUGUAAGUAGUUUAUCGGUGCCUAUAAGCAGUUUAUCGGUGGGGAUAAGCAGUUUAUUGGCACUUACAGCAUCUUAUGUGUUACAGUUUACUGUAAGAUAGACCAUUUUGGUUUUCAUCCCUUCACUGGAUAGAACCUUCUUCACCUCAGUAGAACUAUUCAUUCUCCUGCUAAAGUGGAUGUGGUUUUAUCUGCAUGAUCAAUAGUUGUAGUCCAGAUGGUUUUGCAUUUUACAAUAGCUUGGGAAGAUUCAUCUUCCUGAAUGCGGGACAGUUUUCUGGCCAGAUAGGUAUCAUGUCACUCCAUAGGAAGGCAACCAAAUGGCAUUUUUUUAUGGUUUCCUGCAAUUGUGAAUAGCCUGGUCUUGGAGAAGGUAGCCUGGCUUAAAGAAGAGUUGCUAUUCUUCCCAAGAAACAACCACCUUUCCUAGGUCUUCAAGCUUUCCUUUUUGCAGAGAUGGUAGAUUAUUAGAACAGGAGGUUGCGUUGUCAAAGUCUUCUUGUGAAUUGAAGUGAACAUAGUAAUGGCUUCCUUCCAGACAUGUUUCAUCAAGGAUGGCCAUAUCAGGUACUACAAGAAUGCAGGAAAGCCUUUUUACAACUAUUAUCCCUGGGUUUUGGCCAUUGGCUAGUUCAGUCCUUUUCUUUUAGUGACAAAUGGUGGUUUUUCAGAUUCUUCCCAUGUUGCUGUGGCACUUUAUUCUACCAGGAGACAUGGCCAGAAAUUUUGUUUUUCUAUAAAAUGUCACAUGACAUCCUUCGAUUAUAGUGACUUUAUGGAUCCCCAGGAAACUUGCUUUCUCGUGGAAGGUGAUGUAGCUAGUUUAUAAAGCAUAAGGCUUUCAGGUGCACUGUUGCCAGACCUCUCAGGGAUUUCAUCCACAAUUCAUCAGAUGUGGAAUCCCUAUAGAUAAAAGAUUCAGCCUACGAACAGCUCAUCCAGUAGUCAGCAUAGCCUUUUAGAGGGACAGCAGAGUUGAAUGAAAUUGCAGGUAUGUUUUAAUUUACCCUCUCUACAGAUUGUUCUCAACUAGGUACUAUUCACUUUUUGUAGCCUCCUCAAACCCCAGAGUAGGACUGUGAGCAUUAGUAGUUGGUACUAUCAUUCAGUUUGUCCUUACCCUUUAUUACUUUUGGAGAGCCACACAGAAACAUUAUUCUUUGUGACUUCGCUGUGAGGGAACACACUAAGAGGACCAGGCACACUCGUCACCCAAUUGACUUACAGACUUUGAACACAAUCACUUGAAUAACCUGCCUCAUCUUCAUGUAAAUAGGACCUCACAUGAAUAAUCUACUUCAUAUUCAGGGAAACAGGACCUGAUGCCUUCAUUGGGUCAUGCCUUCUAUUUUUUCACAUAUUUGCCUUUGAGGUUGGAACUAUUAGGAUGUACACCCUUCCUUCUACUAAAGCUUUGCCAUGUAUACAGACCUUUGUACAAGUUGCAUAGGGUUUUAGCCUGUAUAAUUAUGACUUCCUUUUAGAUCAUUGGUUCUUUUCUAAUGUCAAGCCCAUGAGUUGUCUGUCAGAUCCUUCACUCCAGUCAGCUGCUCUGCAGGUUUUUCUUCAUAGCUAAAGCCUCCAUCUUCAAUUGGAAUUUAGGCAAUUAAUUAUGCCUUUAAAAGAAUGUCAUAUUUCACACUUUGCAUGAGUCACCCAAUGUAUAAGGUGUGCAACCUUUAAAUCUUGCUAGGUUGUAGCUCCAUUCACUUAUGUCCUGUAGGGGGAUAGUUGUGUCAGUUCAGUGUACCUCACAUGGUGCUCUGUAGUCAUUACUUGAGGUUCUUUUCAGUGCCCUUCAGCCUCUAGCUGUAACCCUUUUAUUCGUUUUACAUACAUCCAUUCAUUUUCCAUUUCUUCCAUCUUGCUUUCCACCCUCUCCUAACAAUUUUUUCAACAUUAUUUUCAAUGUUGAAUGACCUCAUAGGUCCCAGCACUCAGCCUUUAAGUUAAAUGUUAUACUCCAGUUGAUUCCAAUGCCAUCUAUCCCUGCAGAAGCUACAGGCUUAUAUACCAUCUGCUAAAGUCCAUCUCUUUAGAUUCGAUCCACUCAUCUUGAAAAUUGCUGUCAAGUUGGCUGAAACAUUGACAUCAAAGACAACAUCCCAAGCAGAAAUCUACUGCUUGAGGACAACCUCCGAAACUCAUCUAUUGUAUUCCCUCAGUGCCUGAAAUUCUACGGAAAUAUAUCCCAGUACUUAAUUACUUCCUGUUCUGUGCAGCAUAAAAUUCUAAACCUUUAGUUUAUGCACCAGUUCUCUCAACCAUAUUGUGAACAUUAGUCAGCUUUUGUUUAGCAUAACCAUUGAAGAAAUAGAGUUGUACAUGUUAUUGGGAAGAAUCAAUCUAAGAUAAAUGUGAUGGAACAUAUUAUUAUUUAAUAUUAUUAUUAUUAUUAUUAUUAUUAUUAUUAUUAUUAUUAUUAUUAUUAUUAUUAUUAUUAUUAUUAUUUGAAGGUAGGAGACCCUCUCUCAAACAUGUUUUGUUAAAGAUGAUGGCAGCAUCAGUGGAAUUGAUUUUAUAUAUGGUCUUUUCAAUUCUUCUUAUUAUUCUCUUCUCAUCAGGGCUGAUAUUUGC